GCGUCCUUUGUCUCCUUCUUUCCUUCUUCCGGUAUCCUUCACAGAACAGUAUUGAGGGGCAGCAUGUCCAAGCCCGGUUACGCUGCAGACCAGAACCCACGAAUCUUAGAGGGAAAUGAUCUCAAGGCGCUUGCGAAAUAUAUGAAGUCGGAUAGCUGUCAGAAUGUUUUCCUUAUGCUUGGGGCUGGUGUGAGUACAUCUGCUGGUAUACCGGACUUCAGAUCACCUGGUACAGGAUUAUACGCCAAUCUCGCACGGCUGAAUCUCCCAUUUCCGGAGGCGGUAUUCGAGAUAGGGUUCUUUAAGAAAAACCCGAUACCCUUCUAUACAUUAGCAAAGGAACUAUAUCCAGGGCGCUUCCGACCUACGCACACGCACAGCUUUAUAACACUCCUCCAUUCACAUUCCCUGUUGCACACAUGUUUCACUCAGAACAUAGACACGCUCGAGCGGCGUGCAGGAGUGCCGGCGCAUAAGAUCAUCGAGGCACACGGGAGCUUCGCCACGCAGCGGUGCAUUGAUUGUAAAACGCCCUUUGAUGCAGAUAAGAUAAAGAAGGCGGUGUUGAGCGAGGAGAUAGAGAUUCCGAGGUGUGAACGGAGGAGGUGCAAGGGCCUAGUGAAACCAGAUAUUGUCUUCUUCGGUGAAGGGCUUCCCGAUCAGUUCCACAAGUCUAUCCGCAAUCUGCGAAAAGCGGAUUUAUUGAUUGUAUUAGGAACAUCGCUGACCGUGCACCCAUUUGCCUCUCUUGUGGACCUUGUGCCGAACGACUGCCCUCGAGUGCUGAUUAAUCUCGAUGAGGUGGGCGACUUUAACAAGCCAGACGAUGUGUUAUUCCUCGGAAAAUGUGACGAUAUUGUACGAGAGCUAUGCAAAGAACUUGGAUGGGAGGAGGAGCUCGAUGCCGCUUGGGAGAAGACGAAGGAUAGCUUGGAUGCUGAUAAACAAGAGCGAGAGCUAGAACCAGAACCAGAGGAAUCAACAGAGGAUGAGGUGGAAAAGAUCACCAAGAAUCUAGAGCAGGCGCUCAAAGUCAAUGACAAGAACGAUGAAAAACAGCCUUCAUCGAAGGUCAGUGAUGUGGUUCAACCAGAAUUAGUUGAAUAGGACUAGACGAGCCCUGCACAGUUCUAAAGAGGAAAUUUGUAGUGCGUCGAAGUGAUGGAGACCUGUUGUGUGUGUACGUGCAUGUGGAUUUGUGCUUCAAAUAUUAAAUGAAGUGUAUAUUGUGGGCAACGCUAC